AUGUCUACCGACAAAGAUGAACUUGGCCCAAUGGAAGUUGAGCACAUUGAUUGCUCCGACCGCCCUGGUCACAAUGACCAGAGCGCGAUCAACUGGCUCCUCAUUGUAGCUUGUGCGGUGUUUGGAGCCGCAUCGUUUAUGUUUGGGUACGACGAUAAGGUCAUAUCCCCGAUCAUUGCAUUGCCAGCAUUUGUUGCGAGAUUUCAGGGUGGCGACCCAGCAGCUAGUAGCCUCGUCCUUACAGCUCGCAACCAGAACCUGGUGAUUUCCAUUCCCAUAGUGGGCGAUGUUAUUGGAAGUCUCUUCGCACCGUUCCUUACUUUCCACAUGGGAAGAAAAUGGCCAUUGGUGGUGGCCUACGUUAUAUCUUUAGGCGGCAGUCUGCUACAGGUCUUUGCACCGAACCUGGGAGGCUUUGUAGCCGGACGGGCCGUGAAUGGAAUUGCUAUUGGAAUUGCAAUCUCUAUCGCACCUUUGUACCUCUCAGAGGUUGUUCCCGCCUCCAUUCGAGGCAGGUGUGUCAGUUCUAUUAAUAUCUUGAAUCUUAUAGCAGGAGUAAUCGGCACAGGGGUGGUUUGGGGUACUAAGAGACUAAAUGGCCAUUUAUCUUACAAGAUCCCGCUAGCUAUACAGUGUGUGAUUCCUGUGAUCCUAUUUGUUAUGACUAUACCACUGCCCGAAAGUCCGGAAUGGCUUGUAUCCAAAGGAAAUAUGGAACAGGCCCGACACAAUCUCCGGAAACUCCGGGGAUAUUCCGAUGAACAUAUCGAUGAAGAACUACGACUCAUGGUCUUAUGUGAGAAAAACAAUCGUGAAAUGAGGGCUGACGUCAAGUUCUGGCAUAUAUUUCGACGAGACCAUCUCCAAAGAACUCUGGUCGCAGGGUCUUUCUACUCGCUUAAUCAAAUCUCGGGCGUUAUUCUUUCUACGACAUACACGACCAUUUUCCUCACGGAACUUGGAGUUGCGGACCCCUUUUCAUUGACCAUCAUUGCAUCAUGCUGUACGUUGGCUGGUACUCUCGCCGCUCCACUAGUCAUCGACCGUGCUGGUCGGCGUCCCACAGCAUUUUUUGGAAUGGGCAUCUUGUUUGUGAUAGAUGUGAUCGCUGGUGGCCUUGCAUUUGACACCGGCAAUAAACACUCAACUAUUACCAUCGCCGCGUUAUCCUUCAUUUUCAAUUUCUUCUGGGCUUCAUCCUUCUACUCUCUGUCAAAUGUGAUGCCUUCCGAGAUGGCCACAACCAAACUUCGCCAUUACGUGAUGUCCUACACUAUUGCCUGCCAGGGUAUCACUGCCGUCAUUACUACUCUUGCCGUCCCACAAAUCACGUCUGCUGAUGCAGCUGGUCUUGGUGCCAAAACUUACCUCAUUUUUGCCGGCUGUAUGGCCGCUAUCUUAGUCUUUACAUACUUUUUCAUGCCAGAGACACGAGGCCGGACCUUUGCAGAGAUUGACGAGAUGUAUGCUGCCAAAGUUCCAGCAUGGAAGUGGCGAUCUUACCAUACUUCGUUAGAAGCGAGAACUGGUGUAUCGACUUUGGGAUCUGCUGAGAAACCGUAG